AUGAAGCUCUACUCAAUUCUCGUUUUCUAUAAAGAUCAAGAGACAAGUCAAGCUCAAGUCUUGAAAAGUGCUUACGAUUUGGCUUCGUUCAGCUUCUUCAAUCGAAGCUCUGUUCAAGAUUUUAUGCAUUUUACAGGGAAAUUGUUGGUUGAGCGAUCGGGUUCAGGGAGUCGAGCCUCAGUCACUGAACAAGGCUACUGUUUACACGUUUUCCUCAAAAACGAUGGUUUAGCCGGUGUCUGUGUCACUGACAACGAGUACCAACAACGUGUCGCUUUCACGAUGUUGACAAGAGUUUUAGACGAUUUCACGACAAAAGUUCAUUCAAGUCAAUGGGUUAAAAUCAAGAAAGAAACCGAUUGCCAGUACAAUGGAUUAUCAGCAUUUCUUGCGAAAUGGCAAACUCCUAGUGAAGCCGAUCCAAUGACAAAAGUGCAAGAAGAGGUCGAAGAGACCAAAGUCGUCAUGCAUCAAACGAUUCAAUCGGUUUUAGACAGAGGAGAGAAAUUGGAUGAUUUAGUAAAGAAAAGUGAUGCCUUGUCAGAACAGAGUAAAUUAUUCUAUACGCAAGCGAGAAAGAUGAACAAAUGCUGUAACUAUGUU